GGUAUUUAGCUUACUACUUAAACACCGAGGACAUCCGAAAAUCAUAAUUAGGGGAAAAUAAAUUAAACACUGUUAUAAAAAGGAAGCCAAAUUCUAUUUGAUUGCUGACAGUAAUAAGAUAUGAAGACUCCGCAGUCAAUUUUGAUUAUUGUACUUUUACAAGCUGUGUAUUUAGAAUCGGCAUUGUGCAAGGAUGGCACUCCAACAAAGACAAGCUUUGAAGAUGCGAGGUGUAAAUGUGUGUGCCCAAAGUUUAAGAAGGAUGAUAAUAGUACAUUGAGUGAUAAAACUGUCUACAUCAGUCCAAAUGCUGACCCGUCUAACUGUAAUUGUGGAUUUGUUGUUAAUCAGCCAUUUUGUUCCAUGUGUGAAUGCAAGUAUGAAAACAGAAAUACAACUACAAUAAAGGUUGUAGUGAUCAUUAUAAUAUGUGUGACAUCACUCCUGUUAGUGUACAUGCUGUUUUUGUUAUGCUUGGAUCCUCUGAUAGCACGGAGACCAGGCUCAUACCAGGAGCACAUGGAUGAGGUGAUUAAUUUGGAUGACCAGACUGUGUCCCAAGUGCCUCAAUUUGAUGGUGCAAGACCACGAGUGGCUCGGCAGAAGUCGGUUAUCAACUAUGUCUCUGACGAGCAGAAGCGCUGGAAGAGCACAGUGCAAGAACAAAGACGCAAUAUCUAUGAUAAACAUACUAUGUUAAAUUAGAUCUGUACUGUAGCAAGAAACAGUACCCACCGUGCAUUUCCAGUAACGCAGGAAUGUGCAAUUAACGUAAAAGUAACGCCGAAUCUGUGCAACACUGUUGCCAAAACGAAUAACACAGUAAGUAAACAAACCAAAAUGUUUUAUUCUAAAUCAGAUUUAAAGAAAUGAAUCUAAGCGCAUACAGCUGCUGCAACAUUAUACUUUAACCAGCAUUACAAUUUUUUUCAGGAAUAUGUUUACUUUCUAAGAUCAUUCGUGAGAAAGACAACCUGAUUACUGUUUUGAAGGUGACAUUUGUGUUUUGUCAAAUAAAUAUGUACAUGUACAUGUAACACAUUUAACCCAUUACUUCAUGAGCAGUUUGUGAAAAAUGGCUGUUUUCAUUGAAAAGUCUCCCGUUACAAGUUCAAAUUGCUAUAAUACUAUAAAAACUGCUUCAACACUAAUCAAACUUGGCACAAAUGUUGACUGGACCAUUGCCCUUGCAACAACAUGCUCAGGCUUAAAUUUUCUGUUACCAUGGCAACGAGGGGACAUCUCAAAAUAGCCAAAAAUCACUAUUUUGCGUUGAUUUUUUCCAUCAUAAUUGAUUUCAAAGUGCUGCAACUUCUCAAUGGAUUGAGAUAGAGUCAAAUGCUUUUCAGCGUUGGUUACACGUUACCUUAUGAUCAAUCUGAGGUCAUUUAUAGCCUCUCACAAGUCCAAAAUUUUCUUGGGCACAUCCCCCUUCUAGCAAACCCCUGAUGUAUCUUUUGUUUGGGGGUCGCGCCAAAAAAGUGGUCACUUUUUUUAACAACAUUUCUCAAACAAAAACAAGUGUUGGGGGCCUAAAUAAGGCAUUUUUUCACCAUUUGAGACAACAAACAUUUGUCGAAAUACAAGUGUUGUAUAACAAUAGAAGGAAGCUGAUAAAAUAGAAUUUAGCUACUUUUAAUGAGAUAACAACCGUUGAUUCAUUGAUUUGGCGUUACCUCGUAAAAAUGGUCCCAGCUACGUUUUAUCUGCUAAAUCAAGUGUAAUAUGACAUGAGUAGCUAGGAAAAUGUCUCAGGUACACCGAAUAUAAAAAAUCAUAAAGUAAGACAUACCUUAUUGUAUUUAAAGAUAUCAACGAAACUAAAAAUCUCCAUCAAUAUGCUAGUCAGGUCGUCAUUUUCACGAACGAUAUUGAAAAAUAAACAUUUUAAUGAUGAAGUUUAAAGAAUAAUGUCUCAGCAACCAUAUGCGCUAACUCAUUUCUUCCAAUUUGGUGUACAAUAAAGGAUUGGUCUAUUUACUUAUCGCGGUGCUCGUUUUAGCCACUAAAUUGCAAAUUCUGCGUUACUUUUGCACAUCCUGCGUUAUUUGCACAUUCCUGCGUGACUGGAUAUACACGGUGAUACCUGUGACAUUAUUGCUAUUAUAUUGUGAUGCACCGAAUUUCAUUGACUUUAUUUACUUUUUAGCUCAUCUGUCACAAAGUGACAGGGCGAGCUUUUGUGAUCGCUUUUCGUCCGGCGUCCGUCCGUCCGUAAACUUUUGCUUCAAAUGACAUCUCCUCAUAAACCACUAAGCCAAUUUCAUCCAAACUUCACAGGAAUGUUCCUUUGGUGGUCACCUUUAAAAAUUGUUCAAAGAAUGUAAUUCCAUGCAGAACUCUGGUUGCCAUGGCAACCGAAAGAAAAAACUUUAAAUAUCUUCUUUUAAAGAACCCAAAGAGAUAGAGCUUAGAUAUUUGGCAUGAAACAUCUUCUAAUGAGUGUCUACCAAGUUUGUUCAAAUAAAAGCCCUUGGGUCAAAAUUGGCCCCGCCCCAGGGGGUCAUUGAUUUUCCCUAUAUGCAUAUAGUAAAAACUUAAAAAAUCUUCUUUUAAAGAACCCAAAGAGCUAGAGCUAAGAUAUUUAGCAUGAAACAUCUUCUAGUGAGUGUCUACCAAGUUUGUUCAAAUAAAAGCCCUGGGGUCAAAAUUGGCCCUGCACCUGAGUGGGGUCAUUGAUUUUCCCUAUAUGCAUAUAGUAAAAACUUAAAAAAUCUUCUUUUAAAGAACUCAAAGAGCUAGAGCUAAGAUAUUUAGCAUGAAACAUGUUCUAAUGGGAUGGGUGUCUACUAAGUUUGUUCAAAUAAAAGCCCUGCGGUCAAAAUUGGCCCCGCCCCGGGGGUCAUUGAUUUUCCUUAUAUGUGUCAAAAACUUAAAAAACCUUCUUUGAAAAAAUCCCAAAUAGCUAGAGUUUAGAUAUUAAGUAUGAAACAUCUUCUAGUGAGUGUCUACAAAGUUUGUUCAAAUUAAAGCCCUGGGGUCAAAAUUGGCCCCGCCCCGGGGUUCAUUGAUUUCCUUAUAUGUGUAUAGCAAAAACUUAAAAAAUCUUCUUUGAAAAAACCCAAAUAGCUAGAGUUUAGAUAUUAAGCAUGAAACAUCUUCUAAUAAGUGUCUACAAAGUUUGUUCAAAUAAAAGCCCUGGGGUCAAAACUGGCCCCGCCCCAGGGGUGUCAUUGUUUUUAACUAUAUGUGUAUAGUAAAAACUUAAAAAAAUUUCUUUUAAAAAACCCAAUGAGCUAGAGCUUAGAUGUUUAGCAUGAAACAUCUUCUUAUGGGUUUCUACCAAAUUUGUUCAAAUAAAAGCCCUUGGGUUAAAAUUAACUCUGGGGGGGGGGGGGUGAGAAGGUCAUUGUUUUUCCUUAUAUGUGUAUAGCAAAAACUUAACAUCAUGAAACAUCUUCUAAUGGGUGUCUUAAUUCCAAGUUUGUUCAAAUAAAAGCCCUGGGGUUUAAACUGGCCCCGCUUCGGGGGCCUAUGUACAGGUGAGCGAUCUCAGGGCCAUCAUGGCCCUUUUGUUAAUUACCUUAUGUAUACUUAUUUCCUGGUUAAAUAUACAGUAAGUUGAUAUGUUAUAAGAAUGUUAAAUUCUAUUAUUGUCAAUGUUAUUUAUUGUUAAUAGCUUACCCUUACACUAAUAUUGGUAAUUUUACUGUUUCCUGAAACCCGGAAGUGUAUAUUGUCAGCCAUGUUGGUUACGCAUGAUAUGAUGAUGUCAUUUAAUUACUAGUUCAUUAUUUUGAUUAACCAUGUGAGGGUACCUAUGAGAGCAUACGAAAAUAAUGAUAUGUGUAUUUAGUUUUGCAUCACAUUAACCGUUCCCUUGUUAUUGUGUAUUCUAAUUAUACCCCAGCACAACGAAGUUGUAAGGGGGGUAUACUGGAAUCAGCUUGUCCAUCCGGACGUCACCCUGUCAGGCUGUCCGGCGGUUUUUCCUUGUCGGCCCAAUAACUUAAGAUUCCUUUGACCCACAGUGUUCAUAUUUGGUAUUUACAUUGGUCAUGAUUAGAAGAUGAUCCCUACUAGUUUUGAGGUCAUGCGGUCAAAGGUCAAGGUCUCAGGGGCCUUGACUAAAAAAAGCUUGUCCGCCCAAUAACUUAAGAUUCCCUUGACCAACAGUCUUCAUAUUUGGCAUGGAGGUUGAUCAUGACCAUAAGGUGCUCCUAUUGAUUUUGAAGUCACGGGGUCAAAGGUCAAGGUCACAGGGGCCUUGACUAAAAAAAACUUGGCUGCUCAAUUGUUUAAGAAUGCUUUGGUCAACAGUCUUCAUUUCUGGAAUUAAGAUUGUUUAUGACUAGUAGAGGACUUCUAUUGAUUUUUAGGUGACUGUGUCAAAGGUCAAGGUCACAGGGAUUUUUUACUAUAAUUAGCUUGUCUUUUCAAAUUCUUAACAACACUUGUCAGCAGUGUAUUGAUUUUGACAUUUACAUUUGAAGCAUGUAGAAUGCAUAACUUAGCAAUGCACUGGCUUAGUAAUUUCAGAUUUGGCAGGGAGGUUGUCCUUGAGCUCUAAAUGGCCACUGUUGAUUCUGACAAAGUGGUAUGCGGGGGUAUUCACGCCAUGACUGUGGCAGUUCUAGUUUUUUAUGUAUUGGAUAUGUUAAUUUAAUUGAUGGAGCUUUGUGUGAUUUUUAACUCGUAUUUUAAUUUUCUAUUGUCUGCAGUGUUAACACUGAACAUUAGCAACCGUUCCGGUGUUGUUUGUUAGUAUUUUGUUAGCAACUCACAAAGCAAACCAUCAGCAUGCUGUAAGCAAUUCACGUAUUUAAAAGGCAGAGUUUCGUUAGCAGCAAGGACUCCACAACUGAAAACUGAAUUUUUUAGAGUAAACUAUUAUUUUACAUUAAAAAAGUAAUUUAAUUUUUGUUUUAUUAAAGAGAAAAUUUACUAAAGAAAACUUUAACAAAAAUUUAAUGAUUAUUUUUUUUUACAUUAGAUUUAUUAUCAGAAAUAAAACUUAAGUCAAGAUUCUAUUUCGGAGAUUCUAUUUCUGAAAAGGUCUGUAUUUAUAGAUCUAUAUAUAAUAGUAAUACUUUGUUGUAUACUUUGUUGUUGUUGUAUAAAACUGAUACAAAAACUAAA